AAGAACACAACACACAAUUUCAUCAAACAAAAAUACAUAAAAUGAAUGCCACAAAGUUUUCUGUGCUUCUCGUGAUUGGCAUUUUGUUUGCCAUUGUCAGCGCAAGGCAGGUUGAAGAAGUCUCCAAAGAGAACAAAUUAGGCACUUCAUCUCCGAAAACUGCUACCAAAGGUAUUGGAGCUGAGCUUUCUGUUGAUGCCCGAACUGCUAGCACCUCUUCGGGAACAGGCUUUGCCAGUGUUUCUAAGAGUCCCAAAGGUCCAAACGCCUUUUCGAGCGGAAGUGGGUUCACAAAUACCAACGGAGCUGUCUCUGCUCAGGGUCGCAACGCAAACGCUGCUUCUUCCAGUGGUUCUAGCGCUCAAGGCAAUGCUGCAGCUGUAGCAAAUCGCAAUGGUGCUGCUGCCCGUGGAGACGGUUCCGCAAGUUCCGCUUCCACUGCGAGUGGACGCACCAAUGACAAGAAGAAGAAGAAGAAGUGCCCCAAAGGAAAAAAACGAUGUUGAUCGUGAGGUGAUCUCAUCAUGCUUAUUGCUCAAACC